AUGUCUUCUGUGAACAGGAAGUACUUUCGAGUGUUACCGGGUUUGUUCCAACAACACUAUCAAUGACACAAGAAUCUGUUACAAAUAAUAAUGAGAAAAAUACAGAGGUGAAUGAGGAAAAGAUCACUGAUUUUGGGAGUACUCUAGGAAUUGCAUUUGGUGUACUUAUACCAACAAUUCUGAUGGUUGUUGUCGUGUUUUUAUUAAUAAAAUACGGUAAACUAUUGUCAUACUGCAGAAAAGAUGAAUGCAAAGGAAAUAAAGCAGACAAAGAAGCUCAUCCAGGUGAGGUUCAAGAACUUUUCAAGAAUAAGGAAGAAGAGAAGAAAAAUGAUGUAGAGAAUGAAAGGAAUGAGAGCAAAGGAAAUAUACAGCCUGUAGACAUUAAAAGUUAUCUAACUGAGGAGGAUAUAUUUUUAGAGUGUAAUGAAGAGGUGGAGAAACAGGAUAUAGAAAACAAAUGGAAAGAGGAAAUAUCUUCAGGUGAAGAAGACACCGGAGGAGUAUUUGAUGAUACACUGGACUCUAUAAAGAAAAAAGGUGAUGAAGAGAAAGGUGGUUCUCAGGAUUUACACGAGUUUCUGGUAGAAGUGUCUACAAGACUAGCAAAGAAAAUGCUUUAUCGUGUUUUAAAAGUCCAUGUGACAGACCCACAGGGUUACCUAACGGAUGAAUCAAAAGUAUCUAAAGUCAAGGAAUUGUUACCAGCAGAGUAUCAAGCAUCUGUCAGUUUUGAUUCAAUUGACAAGAAAUCUAUUCCUGUAAUGUAUGCGAUAUUGCAAUUGUCUCCUGAAAAUGAACUUCAACCGAAGUCUGGUUGGGGUCAAGGGGUCAAGGACAGAGACACAGGGGUUGGAGAUGAUGUUGAGAGAUUAUAUCGAGUUCAUACGCUGAUUAGAGAAAUUGCAAAUCCAGAACAAGUAUCUAUAGAUGGAUAUACAAGGUUAUUUAAAGUGCUUUUUGAAGCUGUUGAUAGAUUAGAUGUUAGAGGACAUUGUAAAGAAGAUUACCAGAAAUUCAUCCAAAAAUGGGAAAAUCUCCAGAGAAAUCAGUGGUUUAGGGAUAAUUUGAAAGCUCUACAAAGUUUAAUUAAGAACUGGUCUCUUAUAAGAAGCAGUGCAUAUGAUUGA